AUGGCGACUCUUGAAGAUCACAACUACACAAAGAUGCAACUGCCAACCAACAAGCUGGGCGAGCCUGUCGUUACCUCCAUCCCGGAGGUUCCCGUCACGGUCCAGCGCAAGCCUUUCCUACAGCCAGAGUUGGACCAGAAACUCGCCCAUACCGGUACACCGAGAGCCAACAUUGCCGCUACCUAUGAAAAGCCCAAUGGCACGACGGAGCGCGGCUGGGCGCAAAGACAUCGCCACCAAACUGUUCUUCAGCAGCAUUGUGACUUCUUUGACGCCGACAACGACGGCGUGAUCUACCCCACGGACACAUUCUGGGGCUUCCGGAAGCUCGGCUUCGGCAUCAUCCUCUCCCUCCUCUCCGUCGUCAUCAUCCACAGCAACUUCUCGUACCCGACCCUGUCCGGCUACCUCCCCGACCCCCUGUUCCGCAUCUACCUCGCCAACAUCCACAAGGACAAGCACGGCAGCGACACGAACACGUACGACACCGAGGGCCGCUUCAACCCGCAGAAGUUCGAGGACAUGUUCGCCAAGUACGCCGGCGGCCGGGACUACAUGACCGUCUACGACGUCCUCGCGAUGCUCAAGGGCCAGAGGCUGGUUGCUGACCCGAUCGGCUGGGGCGGCGCUUUCUUCGAGUGGACGGCGACGUACCUCAUGCUCUGGCCCGCGGACGGCCGCAUGACCAAGGAGGACAUCCGCGGCAUCUAUGACGGCAGCAUCUUUUACACCAUUGCUGCGCGUAGGUCUCGGAAAUGA